AUGGAUUCUUCGCUUCACGUCAUCGAGGUGUCACGAGUCACACCUUCAACCACUGACUCGUCCGAGUCAUUCACUCUCCCGCUCACUUUCUUCGACCUUCAGUGGUACAAACUCCCCCCGGUCCAACGAGUCAUCUUUUACCAACUCACUGACGCAACUCGCCCUUUCUUCGACUCAGUCAUCGUCCCCAAACUCAAAUCAUCUCUCUCCUUAACCCUCUCUCACUACCUCCCACUCGCCGGCCAACUCCUAUGGGGCUCGCUCCACCAAAAGCCAAGCAUCGUCUACACCCCAAACGACGCAGUUUCACUCACCGUUGCCGAGUCAAACGCCGACUUCUCCCGUUUAACCGGGAAAAAACCGUUCCCCUCCGCCGAGUUGUACCCAUUGGUGCCCAAGUUACCAAACUCUGACGACUCGGCCACUGUUGUGACGUUUCAAGUCACGUUUUUUCCUAACAAAGGGUUUUCCAUAGGCGUAAACGCACACCAUGCCGUAUUUGACGGAAAAACAACAACCAUGUUUCUCAAAGCAUGGGCCCACACAUGCAAACAACUUCAUGACCAAACAGCAAACGCUUCCUUACCGCAGGAUCUAAUCCCGUUUUUCGAUCGAACGGUCAUAAAAGAUCCGAAGGAUAUCGAAACGGAAAUUUUGAACAUGUGGCAAUCUUUACUCAAACGGUUCUCCGGCGGCAAAGAAUCAGAGUAUCCCAAGAGCUUAAAGCUUUUUCCGUCGCCGGAGGCUAGUCACGACAUUUUCCGGUACACACUCGAACUCACUCGAGACGAUAUCCAAACGCUUCGAGAACGACUCAAGAGAGAAUCUCAAUCAAAGGAGCUUCGAUUGUCGACGUUUGUUAUUACGUAUUCCUACGCGUUAACGUGUUUAAUCAGAGCUCGUGGCGGAGAUCCGAAUAGACCAGUCGGGUACGGAUUCGCGGUGGAUUGUCGGACCCUCGUGGAUCCGCCGCUUCCGUCUAAUUACUUCGGGAACUGCAUUUCGGGUACGCUUGAAAUGUCGUUCACGGCGGAGACGUUUAUGGGUGAGGAAGGGUUUUUGGCUGCUGCGAGACACGUCAGCGAUUCGGUGGAGGCAUUGGAUGGAACCGUGGUGUUGAAGAUUCCGGAGCUUUUGUUAGGGUUUGCGACUCUUCCACGAGAGGCACAGGUUCCUUCUGUUGCCGGGUCGACCCGUUUUGGAGUAUACCAGUUGGAUUUCGGGUGGGGAAGACCGGAGAGAGUGAUGGUUGUGUCGAUCGAUCAAAACGCGAUUUCAAUGGCGGAGGGUAGAGAUGGGAAUGGUGGUGUGGAGGUUGGCUUCUCGCUCAAGAAACAGGAAAUGGACGUUCUUGUUGAUUUGCUUCAUGAGGGGACUUAA